AUGAGUCAACGCCGCGUGGAGGUGGCGGUGCGCGUUCGACCCGACACGGAAUCGCGCCAUAACUCGUGUGUUUCCCUCAACCAUGCGACCCGUCGCAUAACCGCGCAGGACGACAUCGGCGCCAACGUGCUGGCUGGGCGCCGUUCCUACAAGGAGGACUUUCUCUUCGAUGAGCAUGUGAGCAACCGAGCUGUGUUCGAGGAGCUGGUGCUGCAAAAGAUGCGCGCAGCCACCCCAGAACACCCCGACACGCUGUGCUUCCUUGCCUACGGCCACACGAGCAGCGGUAAGACCUAUACCAUAGCGGGCAGUGAGCAGGAGCCUGGCAUUCUUGCGCUCUGCGUCGAGGAGCUGCUGCGGGGCGAGGGUGUGGUCGAGGUGGCGAUGCUGGAGGUGUAUCUGGAGUCCGUGAACGACCUUCUCGCGCACGGAGAGCCACGGCACAUCCGCCGACGACAAGGCAUGCGGGGCCCGGUGAUUGUAGUGGAGGGACUGACGACGUGCUCCCUCACAUCUGUGGAACAAUGGAAUGCCGUAGCCGCGUACGGCAUGAGUUCACGCCGCACCGCGCCGACGGAGCGCAACUCCCGCAGCAGUCGUAGCCACGCCAUCUUUACCAUCAAAAGCCGUGGAGUGCGUCUCUGCUUUGUUGACCUGGCAGGGAGUGAGCGGCAGACCGUCUUCUCCCCUCAGCUCAACAAGGAGAGCAUCAGCAUCAACAAAUCACUCUCCCGCCUGAGCACCGUGCUGGAGGCGCUGAGCAACCAAAGAGUAGCCCAGGACGGAACUCGCUCCUAUGUCAACUUCCGAGACACCACCUUGACAGUGCUCCUGCAGCGCUACCUGACCGGGGCGUCCAUGACCACCUUUCUCGCAUGCGUGCAUCCGAGCGCAGACUACUACCAGGAAACACUCAGCACUCUUCGCUACACUCAGCGGCUGAAGCGCAUCCGCACCUGCAUCACCAAGACCGACGAAGGCGAGUGGAGUGGAUUGAAGGUCAGUGAGCACCAGGUGCUGCUCGAUGAGCUGACUCGCCUACGUGAGCAGAUGAAGGUGAGCGAGAACGCUACCAAGCUCGUUGAGGCAACCCAUCGGCGCCGCAUCGCAGAGCUGGAACACACGCUCGCAAAGCAGGGGGGAUUACAUGACGGUGCAGCUGGUGCUUCAGCGCCGCUGUCGCCCGCUCCCAGAGAGAUGAACGCCAGACGCGUGAGGGACACACGGCGGGUAGCGGGCUGGCUGCUCAGCCGCGUCUUGGGCGAUCUGCCAGAGCUAAACGUAGGCUACGACGCUUACUUUGACGCCUAUUUUCCCCCGUCCGUCCAGGUGAUCGGGUACGUGUCAGCCAUGGCGAGCCUCGUGCCGCGCACCGCCAGCGACGACCCACUUGCAUUUCUUGACGUCGGCGACUUGGCCAUGGGCCUCUCCAUGCUAGACGCUGGCGUCCCCCCAUUCGUUCGACUCCACAAGUCUGUCUGCAGUGACCUGAGUAACUGGGCGGGGUGCGAGUGGGAUGGUACCCAGAGCGUCGUUUACGUGCUCACCUUCUUCGAGUACCACCCUACGGCCAUGUCCUCCGCCGCCGAGGAUGCCGCUGGUAUGGAGGAGGCUCUGCCGUGCUGUGGUGGCUAUGUGACGUCCGCGCCGCUGCUGCCAAUAGCGACGGUGCUUUGCGUGGCAGCGAGCACCACUCGACGCGUCAAAGAGGAGGUGCUGCAGCGCCUCGUCGACUUGCAGUGUGAGCAGCACGAGGCAGUCGCGGAGCAGGCCAAGGCCGGGGCACGGACGCCUUCGCUGUCGUCGUCGAUGCUGUCGUCUCGUCAAGAUGGCUUUCCUUCAGACGCAGCGCUUCUCGACGCUUCUGAGAUGCGAAACAUAAGUGAGGCAGAAAGUGACGACACCGCCUCGGCCUCCACUGACAGCACUAGUGGUGGUGCGUUCCUCGCGCAGGAGGUGCGCCGUCAAGCGGCGGACACGUCCCACAUUGUGACACCAUUUCAAGAGGAGGAGGAGUGCAGCGCCAGCGGCGGCCGCAGCUGUGACUCGCGCGAAGAGGCGCGCGCAGAGGUGCGGUCAGCCAAGGUGCAUCGCCACCUCCCCGGCGAGCUCACCUCCCCUUCAAGGUCGUCUGUGCCGCCGCCACGAGCGCGCAAAGCGGAAGAGCCGGCACAGGUGAGGGGUGGCACUGCGGCGGCUGUGGCGUCCUCGCAGCUGAUGCCGGCAACAUGUAAGUCACUUUCCCCCUGGCGAACUUCCGGCACCUCGUUGGCGCCGUUGCCGCCUGCAGACGCGCUUCCACCGGGGCACACCAGUAAGCGGCGUCACAGGGCCACUGGUGAAGGCAAGACCGUGCAUAUGCAGUCGUGCCAAGGGUGCAGAUCGAUGUAA